AUGCCGCGUCGCCAACCCUUCCCAAAGAUCAUCGUCCCCGCAUCAACUUUUCGACUUCCAACUGACGAAGAAUCAAUCCGUCACCACACGACGAGAGAAAAAGUCAUUUCCGUCAUGACCCGCAUUCAUCGAGAGGUCAUUGACCCCAUCAAAUUUCGCGAGCAGAUGACCACCAAGGAUUUUAUGUUUUUAGAAGAACCAAAUAUCCAGCCCGCCUACGACGAGGGGAUGGAGGUCGAAUUGAAGAUGGAAAAUUGUGUCGAAAUCGACACCCUGGUGAAAAAUGUUUUGACCGGGAAGUUUGUCCUGUGCCGAACGAUAACCCCGUCGAGCCGAUUGUUCGGGGUGGACGCGGGCGUGGAGGACGUCACGGGAAAGAAGGCCGUGCGACUUGCAUUAUUCAAUUAUUCGAUGGAUGCGAAAAUGGGGAAGUCAGAUUUCGAAGCGGUCCUCCCCCUGGGGACGAUGAUGAUCGUGAGAAAUCCCGUCUUCAAAAAGUGUCACGUUGAUUCUGUCAAUUUUGGAGUGAUCGCCCAAAAUCCGGCGGAUGUCGAGUUGCUCAGUCCGAAAAGGAUGGCAGCGCUUUUUCCAGGUGUCAAAUGGAAGUCGGAACUACCACAAGAAUCUCGAAGGGCGUUGAAGUCUCCCCUCGUCUGGGAGUUCACACCUGGCCAAAGCAACGUCGAGAUCGCGGUCAAGUUGAAAAACGUGGGAAACAGGGCCUUCAUCCAAAAUCGGGCAACUGAUGCCAUCCGAUUUUACAACAUUGCCCUGGAAUACUUACCCGAAGAGGAGAUAACCGUGUCCGUGCUCUUAUCGGACAUCUUAUGCAACAAGGCGGCCGCCCUGAUCAAACUCGGUUGCUUCAAUCCUGCUCUGCUUUGUACCGAGAAAGUUCUUGCGAUCGACGGUGGCCACGUCAAAGCGAUCUAUCGUCACGCCAAGGGACUCAUAGGACUUGGACGGUACGCUGAAGCUGGUCAGUUUCUGGAUGAAAAGCUCUCCCAAAUCCCGUCCUUGGGUCAGGAGAAUGAAGAUCUUGUCAAGUUGAGGUCAAUCAUUCCCGCCAUGGGGAAACCACCAGGAAAAGAAAUUAUUGUCGCGUUGCUACGCCCAGGGCCACCGGAUAUGCACAAACCUCAGCCAGACUUACCGGUCGGGAUGAUUGACCGCAUUUCCGAGUAUCGCGGCCCAGUAGAACUCGGGCCAAGUAAGAUUGGCGAGGGUGAAGGACUAUUUGCCACGCAGGAUCUCCCCGUUGGAACAGUUCUCCUCGUUUGCAAACCCUUCGCCGGCCUGUACGUCAAAUCGACGAAGAAGAAGGAAUUUUCAUUAAGCACGAACCCCUACAAAUAUCUUGUCGGCACGAUGGCCAACAAGAUCUGGCUGGAUCCUCUCCUUGGCCGAGACAUUUACGCCCUUUGGGCUGGACCUGAACUGAAAUCCUUGACGGAUAAGAACGACCCCAAGAUUACGAAAGUGGACAUUGCCCGACUUACCAAGAUUUGCUCCUUUAACGUCACCAAUAACAACUUUACGAGGGAAGAUAUUGACGCCUUCAUUUCUGCCGGUGUAUGGAUCUCCCCGUCCAAAAUUAAUCAUAGCUGCGUGGACGCCAACGUCAUGUAUCCCCAUCAUGAGACUAGCCUGGUCAUGAUGGUCACGACUUUCAAAGAGGUGAAAAAAGGGGAGGAGCUCGUGUCGAGCUAUGUCCCCGGAAUGAUGCCGUUAUCAGAGCGAGAUUUUAUGCAAAGUCAUGGAUUCAUCUGCGAAUGUCGCCUCUGCCGUCUGGACCGAUCCGAAAGUGUGACUGUAAUCGCGAAGAGAGCCAACCUCCUGAAAAGUCUGACUUUCGACCUUGCCAAAUAUCUGAAGAAUAUGAAUGUCAAAGUUCUCGAAGCCGACUUGGAAACAUUCGAUAACCUGGAAAUGCUUCGUGCCGCCACACCCGACCUGGAUUUUGCCUUACCGGGUCCCGACAUUCAUCAAAUUGUUUCCAUCUUCGUGCUGCCUCUGGGGCUUUAUGACGCGUGUUUGCACAUCAUGGAGGCAAUUUACACUGUCAUGGAAAACGUCCCGACCAACUAUGUGAAACACGCGUUUGCCGAGACGAUUUUGGUCGUUUACAUGAAAAAGGGGACCGAAAAGGCCGUCCUGGAGAAAUGGGUGGAGGAAGUGCGGAAGUAUUGUCGUCUGUAUGCCGGCACGCUGGAACACGUUCGGGCCGGAGAUCAUCCCACUAUUCCGGAGGAUUUGAAAAAAUUCGGGAUUGAAUUCUUCAACGAGGAGACGGAUUAAUUAGUUGGGGAUGAGAAUGAGAUUAUGUAAUCCAAGUUUUCUAAUAUUUCUCAGAAAUAAUUUCUGCUUUGUCCUUAUUUUUUUUUAAUUUACAUAACUUUGGCUUGAUGAUAUUGAAUGAGUAAUUUACAUAAUUAAAUUGACUCAUGUUGCAGA